UCAUCUUUCAAGUACAAGAAUAGUAGAAACUUCUUCUGGUUAGUGAACUAAUAUAUCUCAAAAUAUCUAGAUAUUAGUUCACCACUCCAGCUUGUACUUAUAUUAUUAGUAUUACUUGGUUCAUCAAAAAUGCCUGGAAGAACCUGCAUUGUCUUAAUAAUUAUUGUAUUUAUAGUUCUUCUGAGCUCAUUUGGUGGCGCCACUUUCAACCUCACUCUAAUUCCUGGUCAGCAUCCCAACCCUGACGAGGUCGUUCUUGAAGUUCAUAGGAAAGUAAAUGCUUCCAUAGCAAGAAGGCAAAUGCUACAAACGUCUCAAGAUCAAGACCAAUCCUCAUGCCUGACCGGUAACCCGAUCGAUGACUGCUGGAAAUGCGACCCUGAGUGGCCCAACAACCGGCAGCGUCUUGCAGACUGCGCAAUUGGGUUUGGGCAGUAUGCUCUCGGCGGCAAGAAUGGCCAGUACUAUAUUGUCACCGACAGCUCCGACGACGACGCUGUAAACCCUAGGCCGGGGACUCUGCGGUAUGCAGUUAUCCAGCCGGAGCCGCUGUGGAUUGUUUUCCCGGAGAACAUGCUCAUAAGGCUCUCUCAAGAGCUCAUCUUCAACAGCUACAAGACCUUGGAUGGACGUGGAGCCAAUGUCCACAUUGUGGGUGGUGGUUGCGUCACAUUGCAGUAUAUAAGCAAUGUCAUUAUACACAAUAUACAUAUUCAUCAUUGCUAUUCCUCAGGUGAGGCUGAUGUGCGGUCGAGCCCCACACACUAUGGAUGGAGAACAAAAUCGGACGGUGACGGGAUCUCGAUUUUUGGCUCAAAAGACAUAUGGAUCGACCACUGCUCGUUGUCACGAUGCAAGGACGGGCUAAUUGACGCGGUGAUGGGUUCUACGGGGAUCACCAUAUCCAACAACUUCUUCUCCCACCACAACGAGGUGAUGUUGCUCGGCCACAGCGACGACUACACCCCCGACUCUGGCAUGCAGGUCACCAUUGCUUUCAACCACUUCGGGGAAAAGUUGGUGCAGCGCAUGCCCCGGUGCCGCCGAGGCUACAUUCAUGUCGUCAACAAUGACUUCACAAGGUGGGAGAUGUAUGCCAUUGGUGGUAGUGGUAACCCUACUAUCAAUAGUCAGGGCAAUCGCUACACCGCGCCUUCAGAUCGCAAUGCCAAAGAGGUGACUAAGCGAGUGGAGACGGGAGAAGGGGAUUGGAAAAACUGGAAUUGGAGAUCGGAGGGGGACAUAAUGGUAAAUGGAGCAUUUUUUGUGGCCUCUGGGGAGGGGGCAGAGUUCAGGUACGAGAAGGCCUAUAGUGUGGAGCCUAAGUCCGCUGUGCUCAUCGAUUUUCUCACCAUGCACGCGGGCCCACUUGGAGUUGGUAGCAGGGACAACAAUUUGGGGAUGUGGAGCACAGGACCAAAUGGUGGUACAGAUGGUUUGGGAUCAGGCCCAGAUUAUACGGAUGAUAUGUCUGGAAAAAGCAUUUCUAUGUCACCUUCAUCUACAUUUACUCUUUUGUCCUUAUCGUUAUCAUUUUCAUGCUUGUUAUUUUGGUAUGAUUUCCCUAACACCCAUCAAUUUAUCAUCAAAAAUAAGUUGUGA